CGACCACCACGGCGACCGCCUACAGCCCUCCGCCCUCCUCUCCCUCGCCCCCCUACAUCGUGGGCCAGCGGUUACGCGAUGCCGCGAUGUUUUCUCCUUCUAGCGCCAGUAGUGGUUCAGACGGGUCAACAUUUCUAGGUGUGGAGGACACAUCAGCUGCUGCCGCCAGUUCGAGCGGCAGUUGUGGCAGAAAAAUGGUGUGGACGUGCGUGCGCGUGCCCCUGAAUGACCCCCAAAAGGAGCCGGCGGCGGAGCCCAGCUUGUCUCGUGGCACCAUGAAAGGAGCAAUGACUGCUGCUUGCGGGAACAGGAGAAAAGAAGAUGGCUAUGAUAAUCUUACGGAGGGGGUUAUUCUUGCGGCGCCGCCGGGUCUACCUUGUUCCUCCUCCAGUACCUUACCGCCUCCAGCACUGGUGCAGGAGCGAAAGACCCUAGACGAGGAUGCUGAUUGUGAUUUUCCUGCCCGGACAUCAAGAACGAACAGCAUGACAGUCCAACAAGAUAAUGUGCACAAUGCACCCAUCACGGAACAAAUGAACGAAGACAUCAUGAUCCCUGCUGACGUCGAGCAACUGAAGUCCGAGACUAUCGACAUGCUGAAGCACAUAAGCGAUUUCGAUUUGGAGCACCGGCUUUCCGACGCCGAAGCACAGGUUGCCUUGCAGAUCAUCGAAGAACGUUCGGCGCAGAACACGGACAGGGAUCUCGCGCGAGCCACUGCGAUGUUGCGCAACAAGCUCAAGAAGAGCAAGCGCGGGGUGGUGGAUGAUGCAAGAGCUAGUGCAUCAACAUCAGAGACAGUGAGGCUGGACGACGCCACGCAUCGUCUGCGCGGCCUCGUUAUCACCACGAAGACCGAGCGUGGUUCUUACCGAGUUCUUCAAGGGGGAUCCGAGUGCAGCAGUGCGCCAACUUCUGCGACCGCCAGCACAGCGACAGGUGGAGCUGCGUCCUCUUCCUCGACGCAGAAGAUGGCUCAGGCAGAGAGCACUUCCAAGCCGCCCUCGAAGAUGAGCCCGGCAUCAAGCAGCAUUUCGUCUCAGACUGUCGCGGCGAGGCCCUCCUGCAGCUCCCCACCAACGGCAGCACAACCAAAGAUCAUCACGGGAGCGGAGCGAGGACAGCAGCGAGAUGAAUCGCUGGAACAACGACCCCACGACCCGCAGCUGGAGUCGCGCUCCUCGUGUGACGUUUUCCAAAGCUCCUCGUUCUUGACGGCCCACGACCAGGCCAGUAGCGCGACGUCGCGGCAGGGGGGCG